ACGGCCCUCUUCCGAAUCGGGAUUUGCCUUUUCUAUUGAUUCCUACGGAUUGGAUCGCACAACGCUCUUCUCUUCCGAGAUUUCUGUCUGAUCUUCCUUUGCCCGUAGCCGAUCUCCUACUUGCAAAGAUGCCUCUGGGAAUUUAUAAUGAGUCGGCAAUUGCAAUAUUUUCAAACGCGGCAGUACUCUCUGUGGAACUCCAUCCAUAUAGACCAUGGAUCCUAGGAGGUUUGUCAGAUGGAACUAUUAAAAUCUGGGAUUCUGAGAAAUUUGCACUAAUACAUGUAUUCGUUCCGUCUGGUGGUGUUUAUUCAGUUUGUUCAGCUAAGUUUGUUCCACGCAAGCAGUGGGUUGUAGCUGGAUCUGGCGACGGCUGUAUUUGUGUCUACAAAUGGUACACUAUGAACCGCCACUUGAAUUCGCGACAGCCAAUAAAAGUAAUUAGUGAUGCUCACGCUGCUGCCGUUAUGUGUCUUGCUGUUCAUCCCAACCCUUCCAUAUCUUUUGUCAUCAUCUCAUGAUAAUAAAAUCAAGCUCUGGAACUGGGACUUGGAUUGGUGCCUUCUUCGGGUUUUUGUAGGGCAUUCUGCUUCUGUUGUGCACGUCACUUUCAAUCCCAAAGACGACAAUACUUUUGCUAGUGCAUCACUUGACAAUACCACAAAAAUAUGGAGCCUUGGUUCUCACUCUCCACAGUGUACUUUAGGUGGAGAGGAACAUCAAGAAGGACAUCUUGAUGGGGUAUUGUGUGUAGACUACUUUACUCUUAGCGAUAAACCGUACCUUAUCACUUGCUCGGCUGAUCAGACUGCUAAGGUGUGGGACUACCAAACUAAGAGAUGCCUUGAGACACUUAAAGGUCAUACUAACUCUGUUACAGCAGUUUGUUUCCAUCCAGUGAUCCCAAUAAUUAUUACAGUCUCCGAAGAUGCAACUGCCUUCAUAUGGCUUGCCACCACGUUCAGGCUUGAGAAAACAUUGAAGUUGAGGUCUAACUCGAGAUGUUUUGCUAUCGGACACGGGACUGGUUCAUACCAGGCUGUGUUUGGUUGCAACCGUGGACCCGUUUUGAUGGAAUUUAGCCUUGAAAUACCAUUGGCUAGUAUGGACAAGAAGGGGACAAUUGUUUUUGCUAAACACAGGGAGAUAUAUGUUGGGAGUGCCGCAGAUAAGGGUACUGGUAUUGAGAGACCCUGUUGGGGUUAUGAGGAAAAACUUUGGGAUUUUGAGGGACACCAUUGGGUUUUUAGGCAUUUGCUAACAACCUGUGAUUUUUAUCCUGAAGUAAGUGGCAUCGGUAUACAUUGUUGCUCCCCUUGCACCAUAACUUUUGUAACUAGCCACUAUCAUGUAUAUAUGUUUCAGAGCUUAGAGCACAGCCCUGAUGAUAGGUCUGUAGUUGUUUGUGGAGAUGGCAAGUACAUUAUUAUCAACAAUUCCUUACCACGGAAAGUUGCAUCAUCUGGCUCGGCACUGGAAUUUGUUUGGUCCUCUAAGGGGGGACAUGCUGUCAAGGGAGAUUCGUCACAAAUCGAGAUCUUCAACAAGAACUUCGAUAAGAAGGGGACUGUGACACCUCCUUACUCAGUAGAGCGCAUUUUUGGUGGGACGUAUUUGGCAGUGAGCUCAAGUGAUUUCAUUGACUUCUAUGAUUGGGAGAAAUGUGUGGUCAUUUCGCGAGUAGAUGUUACCGUCAAAACUCGGAAUAUAUAUUGUUCUGAAAGUGAUGAUCUCGUUGCAAUUGCCGGUGAUUCAUCGUUAAAAAUCCUUGACCUCAAUUGCGAAGGUGGUAAAACUCUCAGUGUAGCCGAAGAUAAAUGUGUUCUAGAUGGCGUAUGGGUUAUGAAUUGUUUUAUCUAUAUCACUGAGCAUGAUGAGCUUACCUACUGUGUUGGUGGUCGUUCUGAGGCAACGGUAAUGUGUUUUCUGCCUCGUCCUAUGUCAUUGAUGGUGUCUCCCGCUAAUCCAAGUCGGGUUUAUCUAAUGGACGAAGAGUUUAACUUGUUUGGUUAUACUUUACCUACAAGUUUGAUUGCGUACCAGAGACUUGUGUUGCGUGGAGAGUUGGUUCAGGCUCUUGAAGUCUUCCCUUCAAUUCCUGAGGAAGAGCGUAUUAGCGUGGCACGCUUCUUGGCAGAUCUAGAAGUAACUGGUUACAAAUGUGAGACGCUCGAGGAUUUUGCUAAAGAAGAAGCACGUUGGAUAGAACUUGGCUACGUCCCACCAGGAACAACCUUCCCACAAACCAGUGUUCAAGCCUUGUAGGUGUGGAAAGAGAGGGCUAUGUCGCUUUUCUUUGUGGGUCAUAAAUAUAAUUACUCCCUAAACUUAUGAGUCUCUCUGUAGUAGUCUUGGUCCUCUUGGAUGCUGCUUGUUCUUUCUAUGUGACUCUUUAUGGUUUUUACAUAGAUAAUUUCCGUAGUGAAAUCUGGUUUAUAUUACUAUUGCGAUUUGAGUUUUAGAUGAGUUCUUAA